AUGAUCUUUCCACGAGGUACCUGCAAGAGCUUUGGAAUCAGCAUCAUACAAAUCAUUACUAUCAUAUGUCAAGUACUGACUGAGGAACCCCGAUUUGCGGAGCCUAUCCCGAACGUGACUGUAGCGCUCGGAAGAGAUGCAAGCCUACCGUGCGUUGUUGAACACCUUGGCACUUACAAAGUAAGUCUUGAAGAGUUAAAAACAACACUAAUUAGACUCACGUAA